GAAAAAUCAGCAUUGCAUAUGCAUGCCUACUUUUUUAAGGCAAACACAAUUUAUAUUAACUACAUGCAGAUGGUAAAGGAAAGAGAAAGAUUAUUGCAAUCUAAUAAGUGAUUCACACAUUCAACACAAAGAAAAUUAAAGAUUGUUUAAUGUGUCAUGCUGGUGUUGUUGAACACCAACAAGCCUCCAAGAAAAUGCUCAUCUCCCCAUUUAUAUUGAGCCCUAUGUGUCUGCAUCUGUAUCUCCCAGCAAAUAGUAAUUGGUAUUUGUAAUGUCGACAAAGCAGCAGCGCAGCCCCACCGCCGGCAAGGCGACGAUCCUCGGCAUCGGCAAGGCCUUCCCCCGCCAGCUGGUGCUUCAAGAUCUCCUCGUCGAGGGCUACAUCCGCGACACCAACUGCGAUGACCUCGCCAUCAAGGACAAACUCCAACGCCUCUGCAAAACGACGACGGUGAAAACGAGGUACACGGUGAUGUCGAAGGAGAUACUGGAGGAGUAUCCGGAGCUGGCGACGGAGGGGUCGCCGACGAUCAAGCAGAGGCUGGACAUCGCGCACCCGGCGGUGCUGGAGAUGGCGAAGGAGGCGAGCCUGGCGUGCCUCAAGGACUGGAAGCGCGAGGCCAAGGACAUCACCCACGUCGUCUACGUCUCCUCGAGCGAGAUCCGCCUCCCCGGCGGCGACCUCUACCUCGCCACGGAGCUCGCCCUCCGCAACGACGUCGCGCGCGUCAUGCUCUACUUCCUCGGCUGCUACGGCGGCGUGACGGGCCUCCGCGUCGCCAAGGACAUCGCCGAGAACAACCCGGGCAGCCGCGUGCUCCUCGCCACCUCCGAGACCACCAUCCUCGGCUUCCGGCCCCCCAACAAGUCCCGCCCCUACGACCUCGUCGGCGCCGCCCUCUUCGGCGACGGCGCCGCCGCCGUGGUGGUCGGCGCCGACCCCGUCCCCGGCGUGGAGACCGCCUUCAUGGAGCUGAACACGGCGGCGCAGCAGUUCCUGCCGGGGACGAGCCACGUCAUCGACGGGAGGCUGUCGGAGGAGGGGAUCUACUUCAAACUAGGGCGCGAUCUGCCGCAGAAGAUAGAGGAGAACAUCGAGGAGUUCUGCAGGAAGCUCAUGGGGGGGGCUGCCGGUCUGGCCGAGGGGGGCUACGACUACAACUCGCUCUUCUGGGCGGUUCACCCGGGCGGUCCGGCCAUACUGAACCGGCUGGAGAGCGCGCUGCGAUUGGAUGAAGGGAAGCUGGAGUGCAGCAGGAAGGCGUUGAUGGACUAUGGGAACGUGAGCAGUAACACCAUAUUUUAUGUGAUGGAAUAUAUGAGAGAGGAGUUGGGGAAGAAGGGAGACAAAGGGGAGGAGUGGGGGCUCGCAUUGGCCUUCGGCCCCGGCAUCACCUUUGAAGGGAUUCUUCUGCGAAGCCUCCUCCAUUAACUGUCAUCAUCAUUAUACCAAUAUCAUCACUCUAUUCUACUUCUAAAACAUAAAUUAAUUGCUAGGGAGACUCAAAAUUAUACGUUUGUGAGAUGUAUUUUGAUUCGAUAUAAGAAAGUUAUAUAUAUAUAUACUCGUUAUUUAAGAAAAA